AUGAGUGAAUCGUGUUUCGUGAGAUCGCCUGAGAGAUUAUCAGAUUUGACUUCUCCACCACCUCCUCCUCAUCAUCUUCGUCGUGCUCGGCUUCAACAGCCGCUUGUGGCGGCGGCGGCGACGACGGCGGCGACGACGACGGCGACGGAGGUGAAGAGACGGGAGGACCGGUGCUCCGGUUGUAAGAGAAAGGUCGGGCUGACCAGUUUCCGAUGUCGAUGCGGAGAUCUGUUUUGUUCGGAGCAUCGGUACUCGGAUCGCCAUGAUUGUAGCUUCGAUUACAAGGCUGCUGGAAGAGAAGCGAUUGCGCGAGAAAAUUCGGUGGUUAGGGCAGCGAAAAUUCUCAAGGUUUGA